GAGGCAAAUAAUUUUGUUGCCAUUUUGGUAACGUUUAGCGGUAUCAUAGGGGCCAGCGCGAUUGAGCAUAUGUAUGUAGAUCUAUGUGCCCAUAUUUCUGCGUACAUAUUUCUGUGUAUACAAAAUUUGUAUACAUGCAGAGCGCUGCGUGGAGACUGCCACUGCAUCUUUCCCCGCCUUACAGGCGCAGGAUUGACGCGUUUCACGCGUUUAAUAUGCCCCCUAAGGACGCCCUUUCGUAGUUUCGUCCCUACGUGGGCAAGUUAGGUUAGUUCCUCUGUGGGGUUAAGCGGCGGGGUCUCCUUCUGCCGAUUAGCCUGUGGAGUUAAGCGGUGGGGUCUCCUUUUUCCGAUUCACCUGUAGAGCUAUACAGUCGAGCCGCCCCCCCUCAAGAUGAACUCGCUGGAAAGGAAGCUGAAGCUGCUCAAUUACAACCCCGUGGAGGUAGGAAAGGACGAGUUCUACCAUAUGAUAUUAAAAUUGGAGGAGGAGAAAAUCCGCCUGUACAAACCAAAGGAGAGGGAAAAAAUUAACUACACCAAGGAGAAGAACUACAUCGAGCAUAUUUUGAAAUAUUUAAAAAAACUGAACAUCAAUGUGCGCAAUGUUAACAAAGCGAAUAUGCACGAGGUGGGGGUCCGGACGUACAUCCUGAACAGCCUCGCCACGCUGGCUCUGAUCGAUGAGUAUAAGGACCUCGUGGGCUACGACGAGGGUUUCGGAGAGCUCCCUGAUGAGCAGUGUGGUGAGCAGCGCGUUGAUGGCGUGAACCACCCUGACAACCACGUGGGAAACGCCCAACGCACCGCGGAGUGCAACUCCCCCCUGUCGAACCAAAGCACAGUCGCAAACUUCUUCGAGUUGAAUUACCUGAACGAAGCCGAGCUGGAGGAGCAGCGGAAACGAAGCGACAACCUCAGAGUGAUAACCGAGCAGAUUAACGAAAUAUUUAAAAAGUGUGAGAUCCCUUUGCUGGUUUGUAACGACCAGGAUGGUACUAAGCGGAUGUGCCUCAUCCUUUCGGCACUGCACGCAAUUAAGGAGAAAUUGAAAAAAAAAAAAAAAACGAAUAACCCGCAUUACGAAAGUUUAUUCAAUUUUAACAUAAAGGUGACCAACACCGAUUUGAAGGACUUUGCCUACAUCACGAGGUAUUUGCUUAACAGGGUGCUGAAGGAGCGAAAGGCCCACCUGAAGGGGGUGCUCAACGACAUCCAGAUGUUAACGUACAACCCGGUUGUAGACAUACGGCAGGGCAAAGUGGGCAGGUGAUGUAGCAGUAAAACGCGCAAACUGGCUACAUGGCACGCUUGCGCGAGUGUGCAUAUGGGCGGCGCCUUUUUGUGUGUACAAACAGGUGCACCCAUGUGUACGCCCGUUUGCACGUUCUCCCUUUUUCCAACUCGCUCGAACUCGCCACAACUCACUGCAAAUCACUGCAAACCACUGCAAACCACUGCAAACCGCUGCAAAUCAAUGCAAAUCGCUGAACCCCCCCGUCUCAUCAAACGCGAAACGCCCUUUUCGAAUGCUGCGCGCAACUCCAUAUCACAUGUCACCGCAAUUUCUUCGUUC